AUGAUAAGUAAUAUAGAAACUAAUCAUCAAUCCUCUACACCAACAGGAGGAGGAUGUUCAAAUUGUUGUUGUAGUUCUAGUAAUAAUGGAUACAAUUUACCUGAUAUAGAAUCAAUGGAUGAUAUGAUUAUCAACAAUAAUAAUAAUAAUAAUAAUAAUAAUAAUAAUAAUAAUAAUAAUAAUAAUAAUAAUAAUAAUAAUAAUAAUAAUAAUAAUAAUAAUAAUAAUAAUAAUAAUAAUAACUGA